GUUUUUUCUUGUCUCCAUAUCAGUACAUUUCUUUACAAUUUCUUUAAAUAAUCUCCUAGUUUUAAUUAUAAUUUAAUUAUAAGUUCUAUAGGUUUUAAAAACAUUUUAAGUUAAAGAAUACAUUGCUGAAUUGACUUUUAACGAUAUGGCUGCUGAAAAUGUUACAGAAAAUAAUUUGAGCGAACUAUAUGAGAAUCUUAUUGUGAUUGAUUGUGGGGCGAAUCUUACAAACAAAAAAUUCUUUCGUGAUCUUGAUUUGGUCUUGAAGCGUUCAAAAGAUUCUGGAGUUCAAAAAAUUUUGGUUCACGGAAGCAACGUUAAAAGUUGUAAAGAAGCUCUAAGAUUAACAAGAAUCUAUCCAGGAAUUAUUUAUUCAUCAUGUGGAAUACAUCCAAUGGAUUCAAAGAAUGUCAUAGAAGAGCCAAGUAGUUGGAUCGAAUUUGAAGAAAUUGCUCAACAACCAGAAGUUGUUGCCAUAGGCCCUUGUGGUUUAGACUAUCAUCGGGAUGUAUCUGACAGUGACCAACAAAAAGAAAUGUUUCGACGUCAAAUCAAACUCGCAUGUGAUUUACAAAAACCCAUUCUGGUUCAUGAAAGAUCGGCACAAGAAGAUGUUAUGGAAAUAAUCUCGAGUUUUCCGAAUACUCCGCCUAAAAUUAUCAGAAGCUUUAUGGGUACGAUUGAAGAAGCAAAUCUUUAUUUAGAGAGUGGAUUUUACUUAGGACUCACAGGAUUCUUAUGUAAAGAUAAAUCUGAAAAUUCUGUAAGAAAACUUUUAGAAUCAAAUCUCAUACCUCUUGAUCGUUUGUUGGUUGAAAGUGAUGCACCAUUCAUGUAUCCAAAUACUCGUGCUUCAAAACUAUCAGCAACUGUAAAGUCAGGUUUAACUGAACGCUCAUUGAUGUUCUUGCAUCGAUAUUGCACAUUUCAAAGAAAUGAACCUUGUUGUCUUCCCGCACUUGUUGAAUUAAUAGCUGCAUUCAUGCAAAAGAAACCUGAAGAUAUUGCGCUCUCAACAGCUUUCAACGCACUUAAGCUCUUUGGUUUAUCUCAAUAGGAUUAAUUUUUUAUAAUUUAACUUUCCGACGACAACAAAUUUAUUAACAAAUAUCAUACGAAUUAUAUCAUUGAUAUCGAUUAGGAACUAUUGAAACGAAAGCGAACUAAGUAGAUUUGUAUUUAAAUAUUCAUGGUAAGCAUGUAUGUCUGUACUAAUGAAGAAUGAAAUAUUUUUGAUACAGUAAAACAAUGUUUGAGUGGCUGUACUAAGGUUUAAGUUCAACAGAGCAAGUAACUGAAUCAAUGAUCAUUGAUUCACUUAUUUUAUUUAAUUCAUAAUUCACUUAAUAAAUGAUCGAUUCUAUUUUCUCCAUUUUUAAAAUUAUAAUGUAUGGAAGACUUAGGAGAGUUAAAAUAUUAGUUAGCAAGACUGAAGAGUUAUCUACAUAUAAAUAUAACCAAGAAUUUAAAACUUAUCGUAAACAAUUUCUCACAAAGUUUGUAAACCACCAGAAUCACUUUAGUAAAUCUCUCUUUAGUAUGCCAUAGAUAAAACUCUUUUAUGCGCAUAACAUUGUUGAAACAUAAAUUAAAAGAUUGUUGACAAUUUGAAAACAAGUUGGACGAUGUUUUAAAAACAUAAAACGAAAGAUGAAGUAAUAAAAUAGAUACUUUCUAAUUGUGCCAUAAAAAGAAUUCUAAGCAAUUAAGUUUUGAAGGCAAUUUUAUCAUUAAACAUGCUUGUUGAUUAGUGACCGAUGAGAGUUAGAAAUGAACUUAAAGUGCCUUUGUUCAGUUGGAAAAGAAAACUGGUGAAAUAAAUAAAAUUAUUUUUAUUAUAAAAUUAUUUCUGUAUUUAUUGAAUGCAAAUUAAAACAUUUGAACCUUCGCAUCUUUAUAAAUUGUAUCCCAAAUCAUUAACCGAUCACUUUCAGGUAGUGAUAUCAUUUCUAUUUGUUUUCCUGAAAUAUUUAAACAAUUCAAAGGAUAUUUUACAUUUGAAAUGUGUACCCAAUCUUGUUCUUUUGGAUUAU